UAUGUUUUUAUGGAGAAUGAAAUAAAUGAAAUGAAUGAAUGAAUGAAUAUGAAGCAAUAAAGUAGGUAUAUACCAAGAAUUGGGCGCCUUGUUUGUUAGUUUGCUUGAUUUGUUGUGAUGAACAGUAUUGCAUUGUGGGUAUGGGCAUUGAGAGGGCACUGGAAUCAUAUUUCUUACUCAAUUUUUUUCUCUCCAGUGUUUCCCUACUUUACCAUUCGGCAUGGGCCCCCAAUCCUCAUGCCCAUUCUGUAGUAACGCCACUGGCCAAGAACAUGCACUGACCAUUAUACAGCUUCGCGUUCCAUCAUUCUUUCUUACUAGUUUUUUUCUUCUUCAUUUUCAAGGCUGUGAAGACCCGGGUACGCCAGCCUUCGGUAGUCGAUCUGGAACCUUCGACGACGGCGAUGUUUUAACUUUUGAAUGUUUUUUCGCGGAUUUCACGCUCAUUGGUGAAUCUACGCUCACCUGUAAUAAUGGACAGUACAAUGAUGACGCUCCUGUUUGUAAGGUUCGAUGUGAUCCGCUAAGUGACCAGUCUGAUUGUCCCGGAGGAGUACCUUGCAACGCAGAAGGCUUCUGUGAAAUAGAUCCAUGUGGACCGCAGCCGGAACUCCCGAGUUGUUCCAUAGAAUUUUGCACCUCCUUCGGGCCUAAUUUCGCCUUGGCUUUCUGUGAUCCAUGUGGACCGCAGCCGGAACUCCCGAGUUGUUCCAUAGAAUUUUGCACCUCCUUCGGGCCUGAUUUCGCCUCCGAUUUCUGUCAAGGCUGUGAAGACCCGGGUACGCCAGCCUUCGGUAGUCGAUCUGGAACCUUUGAGCACGGCGAUGUUUUAACUUUUGAAUGUUUCGAGGGUUUCACGCUCAUUGGUGAAUCUACGCUCACCUGUAAUAAUGGACAGUACAAUGAUGACGCUCCUGUUUGUAAGGUUCCAUGUGAUCCGCCAGCCCCGUCUCUCUGUUUCGUAGGAGCACCUUGCGGCGCAGAUGGCGUCUGUCCAAUAGAUCCAUGUGGACCGCAGCCGGAAUUCCCGAGUUGUUCCAUAGAAUUUUGCACCUCCUUCGGGCCUAGUUUUGCCUUAGAUUUCUGUGAUCGAUGUGGACCGCAGCCGGAACUCCCGAGUUGUUCCAUAGAAUUUUGCACCUCCUUCGGGCCUGAUUUCGCCUCCGAUUUCUGUCAAGGCUGUGAAGACCCGGGUACGCCAGCCUUCGGUAGUCGAUCUGGAACCUUCGAGCACGGCGAUGUUUUAACUUUUGAAUGUUUCGAGGGUUUCACGCUCAUUGGUGAAUCUACGCUCACCUGUAAUAAUGGACAGUACGAUGAUGGAGCUCCUGUUUGUAAGGUUCCAUGUGAUCCGCCAAAUGACCCGUCUCAGUGUCCCGGGGGAGGAGUACAUACUUGCGACGCAGAAGACUUCUGUCUAAUAGAUGCAUGUAAUAGUAGCACUUGUUUCAAUGGAGCAACCUGUGAGCAAGGCUUUUGCACAUGUGCAGCAGGAUUUGAAGGCACUACAUGUGAAGUUAAGCUGACAUAUGUUGAGUGUGGAACUAGUUCAAUGAUCGUCAACAUAGCUAAACAGCUAGUCCCAGGUGACGCAUCUGCUGUUCAUUUUCUGGACCAAUCCUGCUCCGGUGUAGACAGCUCUAGCACUGAGAUCACUCUCACUACAAACUACAAUGAAUGUGGCACCAUCUUAGAGGAGGACAACACCACCAUUACAUUCUUUAAUGUAAUUACAUACAGCAAACCUGAUCCGGAAGCCGGUACAGAAAUCACCCGUAAUUAUCAAAUGCAAGUUAAGGUUGAAUGUUGCCUUAACAAAGAGGAAGUCAUCAGUGGGUCCUUCAGACCACAGCUUGGUGAGGUGUCCUUUAGCGACAAGGGCUCUGGUGACUUCAGUCUGAGACUCGAAAGGUUCCAGAAAAAUGCUUUUGUUGAUUUGGAAUUGGACACGUCCUCUGUUGUAUGGCAUUAUAAGGACCUCUUCUUUGCUGUUCGUCUUGAGUCGGUACAAGACGUUGGUGUGGUUAUUGAUCGCUGCUGGGCAACAGCCAGUGAAGACUCCGAAACCACUCCACAGCACUCUCUAAUUUCUUCAGGUUGCCCAGAGGAUGACACAGUUGCUAUCAAUCGUAGCCUUGGAUUGCAUCGAGAAGGCUUUUCUUUGAAGUCAUUUGCAUUUGUUGGAGAUUACACUGAGGUGUACAUUCACUGUUCAGUGAAGGUCUGUCGUGCAGCAGAGGCUCAAGAGAUUCGAGACGCAGGAUGCCCCUCAGAAGAUGAACCUCCAAAUGGUCAAACUCCACUCCGCAAACGUCGAUCUUUGUCCGUUAUGUCCACUCAGACCAUCAGUAAUGGUCCGAUCCACAUCCGUCGCUCAACCAGCGAUAUGGCUACUAAUGAUUUGUCUUCCUACAACCCAUUUGCGGUGCUCCUCCUUGGAAUGAUCGCAACACUGGUUGCUAUGGCAAUCAUGAUGGGUGUAGUCAAGCUUGUUCGUAUCUUACCUGAUAUCAGCGGCUAUCAGCAAGUUCCUUUUGAAGGAAUUUAGAAGGGCCAUAGAAUGGACAAUAUUCUCCAUCUCUAUCGAUAAUUGAUUUGAUACCGAAACAGGACAUCCCACAAAGUCAUACAAUCAGGACCCCUUACUACACUCAGCAAAAGAAGAAAAAAGAGGGACACUCUCAAUAUUAUUGUUAAGGUAUAAACUGUCAACAAAAUACAAUACAAUAAUACAACUUUGUCUAGAAUAUGGCGUCCCCUACUGCUCUGUGCCGGAUCGGCCCUCAGUGCUUAAACAUGUACGUUUAGCCAGUGGUAGAUAUCGUACAUAAUUAUGAUGUCCGAAACCAUAUUUAUACCGACGACAUCUAGAUAUACUGCGCCCAUAAUCCGAAGGUUCCCCC